AUGAAACCUGACAUCAAGGAUCGGGAUUACAUGUACAGACUUAUAAUUGGACAACUGUUCUAUGACGGGCAUCAACAACUAGCCCUUUCACUAGCGCAGGCGAUUGGAUGUGCUGCCCAGCCUCCACCUCCUUCCGACAAACUUUUUCGUCUAGUAUCAAUCGCUAAGCAGUUUGUCGAUGAUCCAGAAUCAAAGGAGAAACAAGCUUUGCAGUUCGACGUCCUAUCUGCCGGUCUCGACCUCGAAUUCGAUGCGGACCUCAUUCCUACUUCAGCAGAGCCUUGCAACUAUGAAACAAUCUAUCUUACAUCCCACAAAUCUGCUUGUCGAACGGCUUCUUUUAAUAAUGACGGAACACUCGUUGCAACCGGCUCGGCAGACUGCUCCAUUAAGAUUCUGGACGUCGAAAGGAUGAUUGCAAGAGAAGUGAGAGGUGAAGUCAGUGAAAAUGGUCCUGAUGCUAACCACCCUGUUAUUCGAACUCUCUACGAUCAUCUCGACGAAGUCACUGUCGUGGCCUUUCAUCCUCGAGAGCAAAUCCUUGUUUCCGGUUCUACAGAUAAAACUGUUAAACUUUUUGAUUUCUCAAAAACAGCUGUCAAACGAGCCAUGAAAACAUUGUCGGAAGUGUUCCCUGUACGUGCUUUGUCAUUUCAUCCUGGAGGAGAGUUUCUUCUUGUCAGUACAGACCACCCUACUAUCCGCCUUUAUAAUGUUGAGACUGCUCAGUGUUUUGUUUGCUCUGCUCCUGGUGAUCAACAUAAAGAUGUUGUGAUGGAUGUGAAUUACUCCGACAACGCGAGAUUGUAUGUCACUGGGUCGAAGGACGGCGACGUGAAGGUGUGGGACGGCAUAUCAAACCGAUGUGUCGAAACUUUUAGUCGUGCUCACGACGGUGCUGCGAUCUGCUCUGCUAAAUUUACAAGGAAUGGAAAGUACAUUCUGACAAGUGGUAUGGAUAGUAUUGUAAAACUUUGGGAGCUGUCAACAAAUCGCUGUCUGAUUGCCUACACUGGCGCUGGGGCCACUGGAAGGCAGGAGUUCCCUGUUAAGGCGACCUUCAAUCACAAUGAGGAUUAUGUACUUUUCCCUGAUGAGAAAUCUGGAAGUUUGUGCUCGUGGGAUGCUCGAAAUUCAGACAGGAAACGACUACUUGCUCUAGGUCAUACCGCUGCAACUCGUGUAUUUGUGCAUUCUCCCACGGUACCUGCAUUUUUAACAGGGAGUGACGACUUCCGGGCCCGGUUUUGGUACAGAAAGGGUUCACGCUUCUGA